AUGACGAAUUUCGAGCUGCAGGACGAGCUGCACGCUCUGCAAGAUUUGGAAACAUACGAAAUUGAACACGAUCAUGACUUUACGACGGAAGAACCUGAAGCUCUACUGGAAGCUGCUGUGGAGGCUGUAGCCGACUCCAGCAACGCGAUAACCGACCCGGAGGUGUUUGAUGUGUACCGCAGCCUGCUCAAAUACGCAGAUAGGGUGCCAGGGCCAAUCAUGAGCAAAUUAUUAGACUCGCUCUCGUCCGGUCUUCAGGCAGAGCUGGAUGGGACUAUUCGCGAUAUUGAGACCGGAGAUACACACACGUACAUGCCGCACAAGGUGCCACUCGAGAUGUACGCUUUUUUGCUUAGUUGGUUCGUCUCAGCUGCAGAGAAGGUCAAGUCAUCAGAGGUCGAUGCACCAGCCCCUGCGAAGGCGAAGAGGGGUAGAGGGGGGAAGGCGGCUGCUGGGAAGGGGACUGGACGUUCGGCGAGCAAGAAGAACGUGGAUAAUUCGUGGACGUGGCAGGAGCAAAUCCCGAACACCCUGCAACUUAUCUGCAAAGUGCUUCGUUUGCAAACUCAACGCAUAUGGACUACCACAGCAGAGAGGGAUACCUUCGUCAACUGCAUCACUCGUCCUGCGUAUCAUCUUACCGAGAGCGAGCCAUUCAUGAAAGUCAACGACAUCAAGAUGUCGAUUUUCAAAGUCAUCUGUCUCGCAGUCAAGCACCACGGCCAAUCCAUGGCUGUUCAAAUCACAAUCAUGCAAUCCCUCCAAUUCUACGAGCAUCUUUCUGAGGCGAUGGCAGAAUGUCUGACUAUUCUGGCCCGCGAGUUCGACCAUUCACAGCUUGGGGACGACAUUUUGCGCGAGAUUGCCGGAAAGACAUUCAGCGGCCAGGAUACGAAAAGUCCACGAACAUUCGCAAAGUUCCUCGUCAAAUACGCGGAGCAAUGUCCGCGGUCUGUGUUAAAACAGCUCAGCCUGUUGCUUAACCAACUGGAUUCAGAGUCGUACCCAAUGCGCCAAGCCAUCGUUGAAAUUAUCGGUUUCCUUAUUACGGACCUUGCUAACAGCGAGACUACCGACCAGAAGCAAACCACGAAACAGCUUACAGGGCUUUUCAACCUCCUUCUUGAGCGAGUCCUGGACAACUCGUCCUAUGUUCGCUCCAAGGUCUUUGUUGUUAUCGCCAAGCUUUUCAGCAUUACGUCGUUCAAGUUCCCUAAGAUCAGGCUACAGGCUACCACGGCCUCAGUCGGAGCUCUUGACGACAAGAAUUCGAGCGUCAGGAAGGCUGCAGCGGCGUUACUUGUACAGCUCCUCUUGACCCAUCCAUACAUUGUCCCAUUUGGAGGUCCUCUGCAAAGGGAGAUGUGGGAAGCUGAGUACAAGGACAAGGUGGAGAAGUUGGAGAAGAUCGAGGGUUCCGUCGGGAAUGUCGUGCAGAAUGCUGAAGAAGAAGCAGACGGCUAUGCCGAGGAAGGCAAGAAAAAGAAGAAAAAGAAAUCGAAGAAAUCUAAGAAUGAUGAGUCCAUGGAUGUUGACGACGAGGAAGUUGACGAGGAAGAUGAGGAGGAAGAUCAAACAGGGGGCGACACAGAAGAAGACGAGCCGGCGGACUCUCAGAUGGCUGUCGAUGAAAGUGCAGAUGCAGACGCUACGCCGAAGAAGCCCUCUAAGCUCCAACCACGCAAGUCGCAACUGGAUGUGAACGCCCUUACCAAGGAACAGGAAGUCUUAGCUGCAUAUGGCGAAAAGGGGAUCCAGCAGCUCCGGAUGCAGAAGAAAUACAGCACGGACGCCCUUACAUUCAUAGAUCAAAUCGAGGGUGCGAUGGAGCCAAUGUGUAAACUCUUGGGUUCGACGAACAAGGCGGAAGUGCUCGAAGUGAUGGAAUUUUUUAAGGUUGCUCACGCGUAUCAAUUCGAGAGCGCUAAGGAGGGCGUGAAGAAAAUGCUGCAUCUCAUUUGGACCAAGGACAACAACAACUCGACCUCGGAAGACGGUCAAGAACUGAAGGGUAUUCGACGCAGCCUUUUGGAGGUCUACAGGAACUUAUACUUCGACCCCAUUGCCGACCUCGAUGCUAAAGAGCAGAUCAAUCGUAUUACGAAGAAUUUAAUUGAGCGUACAUACGAAGCGACUCUGGCUGAGCUGACGAGCUUGGAAGAGAUGAUGAGAAUUAUGAUGGAGGAGGGGCAUAUUCACCACGAUGUAAUUGCCAAAUUGUGGCAGGUUUACAGCAAAGAGCGACAGCUACCGAAGGUCCAGCGCCGUGGUGCUGUCAUUAUACUCGGCAUGCUUGCGUUGGCGAAGAGGAGUGUGUUAAGCGAUAAGGUCGAUGUGAUGCUGAAAGUCGGUUUAGGACCGCUAGGAAAGGCUGACCCAACGUUGGCCAGAUACACCUGUGUAGCGCUUCAGCGUUUGAACGGGAGUGCAAAGAAAGUCAAAGGUUCGUUACUUGACAAGACGCAACGCAUCGAGAUGGACAAUGCCAUUUUCCGCAAAUUGCAGAUCGCCAUCCUGCAUCCUUCACGCACCAAGGAGUGGUUCGGUAUGGCUGAACAAAUCAUCAACGCAGUAUAUGCGUUAGGCGACCAUCCCGACGUCUUCUGCAAUGAGGUCAUCAAAAAGAUGACCGUCCGUGCCUUUUCGCAUGAAAAGAAACCGGCACCGCCAGCUGCUACUGAGUCUCAGGAACGGGAAGAGGGGAUGGAGAAAGACCCGGACGCCAUGGUCGAAGACCAACCAGGAGAUGCGACCUUCAUCUCGACCGCUGAUGUAACCAUGCAAGAUGCUACUCAGGCUACGCAGGACGGCAACGAGAAAGAUCUUGGGGAAGCGUUUGAGCUCUCGCAACUCCUGUUUGUUGUGGGUCAUGUCGCGAUCAAGCAUAUUGUUUAUCUCGAGCUGGUCGAGCGUGAGUGGAAGAGGCAGAAGGAUGAGAAGACGGCAGCUGAGAAGCUCGCGAAUAAGAACCAGAAGAAUGCUAAAGACAAGGAGGGCGAAGAGCUUGACCAGGUGGUUGGAAAUGCUGAAGAUGAAAUCGGUGAUCGUAUUGCCGCUGUCCGCGAGCAAGAGCUGCUUUACGGACCGGAGUCUUUGCUGGCUGUUUUUGGGCCGAUGAUUGUGCAUAUAUGUGGGAGUCCUCACAAGUUCAAGAAUCGAACACUUCGCGCAGCUGCCACAUUAGCAUUCAGCAAGUUCCUCUGCGUGAGCUCGCAGUUCUGCGAUCAAAACCACCGUCUACUUUUCAAAAUCCUCGAAACCUCCAAAGACGCCAACAUCCGGAGCAACAUUGUUAUCGCUCUUGGAGACGUCGCCGUCUCGUUCAGCAGCAUCAUCGACGAAAACAGCAAUGAACUGUACAAGGGCCUCUCAGACAACAACUUUGUCGUGAAAAAGAACACUCUCAUGGUCUUGACGCAUCUCAUCCUGAACGGUAUGAUCAAGGUUAAAGGCCAGUUGGGCGAGAUGGCAAAGUGCCUCGAGGACCCAGAGCCUCGCAUUGCGGAUCUUGCCAAGCUUUUCUUCACUGAGCUGUCGACGAAGGAGAAUGCGAUUUACAACAACCUGCCCGAUGUCAUCAGUCACCUAUCUACCGGAGAUCAUGCUUUGGAAGAGGAGAAGUUUCAGAGCACGCUUCGCUAUAUCUUUACGUUCAUCGAGAAGGAAAAACAAGCGGAGACGAUUGUCGAGAAACUUUGCCAACGCUUCCGGUUGAGUGAAGACCCUCGUCAAUGGCGAGAUGUCGCAUUCUGCCUGUCGUUGCUGCCCUUCAAGUCAGAUCGUUCGGUCAAAAAACUUAUUGAGGGCUUGCAGUUCUAUCGAGACAAACUCCAUGAACCAAAAGUAUACGAACGUUUCACCGAGAUCCUCCAGAAAGCUCGAACGAAUAAAUCAAAAGAUAAACCUGACUCAGAACUCGAUGAAUUUGAGAAGAUCUUGGAGGAGCACAAAUUACAGGGUCAAGAGGAUCAAGCUCUGGAGAAGCGUGUGGAGGGCAAGAAAGCUGCUGCGAAGAAGCGGGCUUCUAGGAAAGCUUCGUCUCGAACAAAGAAAGUGGCACCGACGCCAAAGGAUGAUGACAUGUGCAGCGACGGAUAG